AUGAAGGAAGAGAUCACGGCCCUCAAAGCCCACAUCGUCUCGAUGGAAAAAGAGCAGUCAUACGUGGUCAACGCGGCGGUCAAGAAAACCGCUGAGCAGCUGGUGCUAGAGCGGGAAAGGGCUGUGGAGGAAGAGAGAGCAAGGGCGGACCAGCUGGAAGAGCAGAGAAGCGUCGCACAGCUUCAGAACGAGCUGUUGACAGAAAUGGUGGCUGCAGAGCAGGUGAACGUAAAGCUUCAGGAGAGGCGGAACGAAGCUCUCAAGUGGGAGCUGCUUAGGCAAGGCGGGUGCCAGGAAACGUUCGACAGCAUUGCCAAAGAGGUUCCGGUUCUCGGGGACACCCUGAGGGCCGACACGGCCGAUGUUUUGCACGGAGUAGCGAAGCAUGACAUGGCAGAAGCCAUCGAGCACGUCGUGUGCCGAAUUGGCGAGGUCAAAGACGGCCUGCAGGAAGCCUUUGUUGCCAGAGACACCGGCCGCACAGGGGCGUUGGGCGGGGCAGCUUUCAAGGACGCUUUGAAAGAAAGCUUUCCCGACAUGCCGCGCGAGGACAGGCAGCUCCUCAUGCUGCGUUUCGUUCGGGAAGUAGACCAGAGCGUCGACUACGGAGAGUUCCUUGAGUUCUGCCGCCACAAGGCGCAGUCAAGAGAGCGUCUAAAAAUGGGCCUAACCGGCGCUCUAGCGGCAACGCGUUCUGCAGGGAUCGCUGGCAUAUUGCCUUGA